CGGUGAGCCGGAGGAGUCAGUCAGAGGGGCGAGUAGGAGCGAUUCCUUCGGCAAACAGGUUAUGAGUGCUGGUUAAGCCACCUUUGACCUGGGAAACAUCAUCAGCACUUUAUUAAUGAUGGAUUCUGAGAAACCUGAGAAUGAUGAGGAUGACAAUACAAACAAGAAGACAAAAGACUUGAGAAGUAUUUUAUCCCAUGAUGACGACUGUGGGCCUGUAUCUGAUGUGAUAACAAAUUCCUCUGAKAAUUUCAUAAGCAAAAGAGGUUUUUCAGAAUCAUCCAGCUCUGACAGUGUCUUUGUGGAGGAAGAUGGAAAUAAACAUGCUUCCAAACGAAUGAGAGUAGAGGAGGCAGAGCCCCUUGAGUCUGGAAAGCAGGGCACUUGUGGGUUGGAUAUUCCCCAGAGCUUGGCCACAGAAGCAAGAGUCCUGUURGAUGAGGGAGGAAAGGAGGCCUUUCUGAAGGGCUUCUCAGAUGGAGGAGGCACGACUCUUCCAAAUGUCUUCUCCUCUUCUUGCUGUCUUAGCACUGUUGAUGCUAUUUCUUUGAAUACAGACCCUGAAAGGAAGUCUGCUCAGGAAAUGGUUUCUCUUGAUCCACAAAGAGAAUCUCCUUCCCCCUUGAAAGAAAAGAGUGUUAGUUGCACCAUUCGAAAUGUAGAUUCAGUUCUCAGGUGCAGUGCAUGUGGUCAUUUGUUUUCUUCUUGCUCUGAUUUAGAAAAACACGUUGAAUGCCAUGAGCAACAGGCUAAGGAACAUAUCUGCUGCCACUGUAGCCACAAAGCAGAGAGCAGCUCAGCUCUCCACGUGCAUGUCAAACACACACAUGGGCCACAGAAAGUCUUUUCUUGUGAUCUUUGUGGUUUUCAGUGUGUGGAAGAAAACCUAUUGACAGCACACUAUCUUGGCAAAACACAUCUCCGGCGUCAGAAUCUAGCUGCUCGUGGAGGAUUUGUACAGAUCUUAACAAAACAACCUUUUCCUAAAAAAACAUGUUCCAUGGGAACAAAGAAUGUUCGAGCAAAACCAAAAGCUUCUAAACCAACAGCAAAGAAUAGGGAUUCAAAAGGAUUACAAAAUAAUGGGAGCAAACUUAAAGACUGCAGAGGAAGCAUUUCUCAACACAGUGGGAGUAGCAGUGAGCUUCUUGUUGAAAUGAUGCCAUCUAGAAAUACUUUGUCAGAAAAAGCAGAGAUUGUUGAAGAAAAUGUUACUUCCCUUGAUAUAGCUCAAAGUCAUGAAAACCAGAGCAAAAAGCCAGGAGAUGCAGUAACUUCAGAAGGUCUCUUAGAUAAUUCAGAGUCUACCAGAAAUAUCCUGCAUAUGGCACAUAGUAUCAGUACCACUUCAAGACCAAGACCUGAGCGAAAUAUUCUAAUGUCGGSUAAUAGUUUUCGACGACGAAGUGGCAAUUUUACCUUGAAAGGCCAGGCAAAGAAAAGGUUUAAUGUUUUAGGGAUUAAUAAAAGAGGCACAAAUGAAACUCAGAGGAUGUAUAUGAAACACUUUAGAACACAGAUGAAAACAAGUGAAGCAGAGCCAGUGCCUAAACAACUAGGAAAGAACAGUGAUGCCCAGAGUGUGUGUGUGAUGGCCUCAGACACCAUGGAGGACAGGACGAGCCCCAGUCAUCCUGGUUCCACGCAGCUGGACUCCCCAAUGGUGAACCCAGCUCUUGACCAUCAGAUGUUGUAUACAUGUACAAACUGUGGUCAAGUAGCUACAAAUAGGACAGAUUUGGAAAUCCAUGUGAAAAGUUGCCAUGCAAGAGAGAUGAAAUUUUACUGCCAGACUUGUGACUUUUCCAGUACAUUGAGGAGGGACUUGGAGGAACAUUUGCACAAUAACCAGCAUCAGCAAAUCACUUCGGUUCUCAAUUGUCAGUGUUGUUCUUUCAUUUCCUUGAAUGAAAUAAACCUUAGAGACCACAUGAAGGAAAAGCAUGGGAUGAGUUUUCUUUGCACUUCUUGUAAUCUGUUUUUGUCUGAGAAAGACAUGGAAGAACACAGAGCAACAGAGAAGCAUAUUAGAUUAUUGGUUCAGCCAAAGACUUGUCCAUCAUUGAACAAUGAUUUGGUUUUACAGAACUUACCUUUAAGUACUUUAGAAUCAGAAAACACAAAAGAGUCUGUGAAAGAAUCAGGGAAAGCAACUCAGGAAGAACCUGUUAAGUCCAGGGUAAGCCAUGGAAAUGAGGUAAGGCAUUCAAGUAAACCUCAGUUUCAAUGUAAGAAGUGUUUUUAUAAAACAAGAUCUUCCACUGUUCUCACAAGACACAUAAAGCUUCGGCAUGGUCAGGACUAUCAUUUUCUCUGUAAAGCAUGCAAUCUUUAUUCAUUGAGCAAAGAAGGAAUGGAGAAACACAUUAAAAGAAGCAAGCAUCUUGAAAAUGCUAAGAAAAAUAAUAUUGGCUUAAGCUUUGAAGAAUGCAUUGAAAGGGUAUGUAUUGGUGCAAAUGAUAGGAAAGAAGAGCUUAACAUUUCUGGAAAUGGGAAGACUGAAGGCCAUGGAGGUGUGCAAUUUCAGGAACAUUCCUGUCUUGAGAAGAAAAUGUUAACUACUACAGAGCUCUCACGGUCUGGUGUUGUCACCAAAGAUGACGAAUUAACCUUAAGUGCUCCAAAGAGAGGGAGACCCAAAGGCAGCAUCUCACGGACAUGUUCACAUUGUGGUCUUUUGGCCUCUAGUAUUACAAAUUUGACUGUUCACAUUAGACGCAAACACAGUCACCAGUACAGUUAUUUGUGCAAAGUGUGUAAGUAUUAUACUGUAACCAAGGGAGACAUGGAACGUCAUUGUGCCACCAAGAAACAUAAGGGACGGGUAGAGAUAGAAGCAAAUGGGAAACAAAAUUCAGAUAUUAUUGUUGGCCCUGAAGGUAAUCUUGAAGCCUGUAAAAAGAACACUCACUUAGCAUUAACUAUUUCAGAUGAACACACCAACAAGUCAACUGAGUCAGAUACUUCCAUUUUAGAAAAGCCAAUAGUAGAACAAGGAAAUCCAAUUGAAGUUGAAGUUGAAAAUGUAUUUCAUUCUAUAGAUGGAGAAGUUAACCGUCCUCUUACUGAUAAAAAGGAGCAAAUAUCUCUAGAUCCAGAGGACCUUCUCAAACAGGGGGAUGCGUAUUCCCAGAGAGAGAUUACAGGUACAAAUGAUAAUAAGUGUCUACACUGUGAGUUUAUCGCUCACUCUCCUGCUUCUCUAGAGCUGCAUGUGAAACGGAAACAUACAAAAGAGUUUGAAUUUUAUUGCAUGGCCUGCGAUUACUAUGCAGUGACUCGUCGAGAAAUGACUAGGCAUGCAGCAACUGAGAAGCACAAAAUGAAAAGGCAGUCUUACCUCAGCUCUUCGAAGGUAGAAGGAGAUUCUGCAGAAAUGUCCAAAAACAUCAUCAUACCUGAAGAGGAGCAUCCUCAAAACUCUGAGGACUUUCAGAUAAUUUCAGGCCAACCUUCUGAUUCUCUUAAAUCUGGAAAUGCUGUUGAUUGUUCUAUUUUAGAUGAAACGGCUAGUUUAGAUAUGUCUAAAGUACUCUGUGCUCCCAGCUCUGUAGAAAUUGAGACUGAGGAAGAAGAAUCUAAUUUCAGUGAAGACCGUUCCUUUGGUGAGACUUUCCAGCAGCCUCCUGUCAAGGAUAAAGGUAUGAAACCUGAGGACAUGGAGUCCCUCAACAUUUCCUCCAGUUAUGGCUCUCCAAGUAGAUUUCAAAAUGAAAAUUCAGGAAGCUCAGCUUUGAAUUGUGAGACAGCAAAGAAAAACCAUGAUAUGUUGAAUGACAUCAGUGACUCCCAUACACAUUGUGAGAGUGAUGGAGGAAGCACAGGAGAUAGUGGUAGUAAAGUCUGUGAUAAACACGUGUGUCCCCGUGUCCUAGAUGGGGGCCAUUCAGCUGAAAGCCAUCCCCCUGUGAUGAUGAGAGUGACAAGAGAGCAGCUAAACCUGGAUCAUGGUGUUAAGAACAAAGUUGGGUGUGUGCCAGCAAAUACUGUUCUGGAGAAUAAGGAAAUUCUGAUGAAUCCACAACAUGAAGCUGAAAUUAUUUUGGAAGAGGAUGGCCCCACUUCUGAUAGCACACUUGAGAGUAAUGAUGUUUAUGAAACUAUAAUCAGUAUUGAUGAUAAAGGGCAGGCCAUGUACAGUUUUGGCCGUUUUGAUUCUUCCAUAAUUAGAAUAAAGAACCCUGAAGAUGGUGAAUUGAUAGACCAGUCGGAAGAGGGUAUGAUGACAGCGGGGGUGAGAAUCACUGAGUUGCCCUUGAAAGACUGUGUUCAAAGCUUGAAAAAGAGGAAAGCUGAAGGUGGUUCCUUUAGUGAGUCUACACGAAUCCGCUGUGAUGAUUGUGGCUUCUUAGCAGAUGGACUGAGUGGACUGAAUGUUCACAUAGCUAUGAAGCAUCCCACAAAAGAGAAACACUUCCAUUGUUUACUCUGUGGAAAGUCAUUCUAUACAGAAAGCAACCUUCAUCAGCAUUUGGCUAGUGCUGGUCAUAUGAGAAAUGAACAGGCCAGUGUAGAAGAGCUUCCAGAAGGAGGGGCCACCUUUAAAUGUGUCAAGUGUACUGAGCCCUUUGAUUCUGAACAGAACUUAUUUCUGCAUAUUAAAGGACAGCAUGAGGAAUUGCUUCGCGAGGUGAAUAAGUACAUAGUGGAAGACACUGAGCAAAUCAACCGUGAGAGAGAGGAAAACCAGGGAAACAUUUGCAAGUACUGUGGGAAGAUGUGUCGAAGCAGCAAUUCCAUGGCCUUUCUGGCACACAUUCGCACUCAUACAGGAUCAAAACCAUUCAAGUGCAAGAUAUGCCAUUUUGCAACAGCUCAGCUUGGAGAUGCCAGAAACCAUGUGAAAAGGCACCUUGGGAUGAGGGAAUACAAGUGUCAUGUCUGUGGGGUUGCUUUUGUAAUGAAGAAGCACUUAAAUACUCAUCUGCUAGGCAAACAUGGAGUUGGCACCCCAAAAGAAAGGAAAUUUACAUGUCACUUAUGUGAUAGAAGUUUCACAGAGAAGUGGGCCCUGAACAACCACAUGAAACUCCACACGGGAGAAAAGCCAUUUAAGUGUACCUGGCCCACAUGCCAUUAUUCAUUCCUCACAGCCUCUGCGAUGAAAGACCACUACAGGACACACACAGGCGAGAAGUCGUUUCUGUGUGACCUCUGCGGCUUUGCCGGUGGGACCCGACAUGCCCUCACCAAGCACCGUAGGCAGCACACAGGAGAAAAACCUUUCAAAUGUGAUGAGUGUAACUUUGCCUCCACAACCCAGUCCCAUUUGACUCGGCAUAAGCGUGUGCACACUGGAGAGAAACCCUACAGGUGCCCCUGGUGUGACUACAGGUCAAACUGUGCUGAAAAUAUCCGCAAACACAUUUUACAUACUGGCAAACAUGAAGGAGUCAAGAUGUAUAACUGCCCCAAAUGUGAUUAUGGGACAAAUGUCCCUGUGGAGUUCCGGAAUCACUUGAAAGAACAACAUCCUGAUAUCGAGAAUCCUGACCUCGCAUACUUGCAUGCUGGCAUCGUGUCCAAGUCCUACGAGUGCCGUCUGAAGGGACAGGGAGCCACCUUUGUGGAGACAGACAGCCCUUUCACUGCAGCCGCACUGGCAGAGGAGUCUCCUGUCAGAGAGAAGGCCCUCAGGAGCAGCAAGAGGCCUGCCCAGGCCUCCGAGCAGGUCCAGCAAGUCAUCAUCAUCCAGGGCUACGAUGGGGAGUUUGCCCUGGAUGCCUCUGUGGAAGAGACCGCUGCAGCCACACUGCAGACGCUGGCAAUGGCUGGCCAAGUGGCCAGGGUGGUGCACAUCACAGAAGACGGGCAGGUCAUUGCCACGAGUCAGAACGGAGCCCACGUGGGCAGCGUGGUGCCAGGGCCCAUCAUCCCUGAGCAGCUGGCAGACGGAGCAACCCAGGUGGUCGUUGUGGGGGGCUCCGUGGAAGGUCAUGGCGUGGAUGAGUCCCUCAGUGCAGGGGGCACUGUUAUACAGCAGGUGACCAAGCAGGAGAUUCUGAGUCUCUGCGAGGCUGGGGCCCCCCCUGCCGAUGCCUCCUCAGCCUUAGACGCCUUGCUGUGUGCCGUCACUGAGUUAGGGGAGGUGGAGGGCAGGCCUGGGCACGAGGAGAAGGCCAGACCAGGCCAUAAAGACGUGCUGAUCCGGCUGCCCAGUCAGGAGGCCUCCCAUACCACUGCCGACCCGGAGGCCCCAGAGAUCCAGAUGUUCCAGGAUGCUCAGGAGAGCACAGCAGCCAUGGAGGUGCUGACCCAGGUUGUCCGGCCCUCGACCAUUGUUGCGUCUCAGGAGCGAGCCCAGGUGGCCUUGAAGAAGAUGGUCCGAGGAGUCCUGCAGUUUGCUGUGUGUGACACGGCUGCGGCCGGCCAGCUGGUCAAGGAUGGUGUCACUCAGGUCAUCCUGAAUGAGGAGGGUGCUGUCCACAUGGUGGCUGGGGAGGGCUCCCAGUUCAUCAUGCAAGAGGCGGACACCCAUGGCCUGCGGGUGCCAGCUGAGCACGUGGACCUGGURGAGUCUGAUGGGGAAAUCUCACAGAUCAUUGUGACAGAGGAGCUGGUCCAGGCCAUGGUCCGGGAGUCCGGCAGCAGCUUCCCCGAGGGUGCUACUCACUACAUUGUGACGGAGCUGCCCCCCGGGGAGCAGGAGGAUGGUGGCGUGUACUCCCACACUGUGAUAGAGACAGCUGGCUCUCAGGAGAUCCUGCAGGCUGGGGCUGCGCUUCGAGCUGAGGCUGUGGCCCCAAAUGGCACGGAGCAGCUGACAAGCAUGGUCAUUUACACCCAGGAGGGCACCCCGACAGCCACGGUGAUCCAGAGCCAAAGAGAAAGUAGUGAGCUCCAGGAAGCCUGAGGUGGGGCCUUGACRCUGGGCGCAGGGCCAGUGUGGAAAGACCCGCGCUGAGGUUGGCGUGCCCCUGAGCUCCCUCUAACCUUCCGAACACUGGCCACAUGGCCCCAGUAAGUGCCACACCUGCUCUCUGCAGGGGUGGUGACAGAGGCCACUAGAAAAGCACUCACGGGCACCGAGCUGGUGCCCUGGAGUAGCUGUAGAAUCACAGUAGAAGGGCAGGGGCGUGCUGUAGGGACAGGCCUGUGCCUUCCAGCCCUUUGCUCCUGGGCCUCCCCGCCCCAUCCUGCACCAAGGRAAGCAGUUCCUGGUUUCCCCUUCCCGCGUGGGAGGUUGGAAACACCCCUGUCACUGGCUGCCUGGCCUGCAGCUCUGUCCUUCCUUCCUUCCUUAUGUGUCUGGUUGAAAGUUGCAGCUCCAGUGAUUACAUCCUGCAGCAGCCGCUCCCCCCCACCACAACCUUGGUUGGUUUUUUUGUUUUGUUUUCUCCAGUUUUAGGAUAAUGUAUCCCCAGACCAAAGGAAGCCUGUUAGUAGAUUUSGUGUAUAAAUUCCCUCUUCGAGCAUUUUAGGUGUAUCCGUUGCUCUGGUUGCAUUCUGCAUAACAGAAAUCUGAUGACUCUGGUUAAGCAAAGCCUUGCUGUUCACGAUCAGUUAAAAUAGACCUUGGUUAAGAAAGCUGAUACUUCUGAUUUUGACUUUGUUCCAUAUCAUAAAGUCCAUACAUGAAAUGUAUACUUCUGGAAAAUAUUGUUCAUAUCAAUAUUUUGCUUUUUAUAACAAAUGUUUGUAUUAAUAUCAUUUUGCAGGAUCUAUUUGUGUCAGUAUGGAAAAGCUGACAUUAAACAUUAACAAAUAGAAACCAUGCCCGUACCCCUUGCCUGACCAGCAUUGUCUGUGUUUAGUUGUGGAUUCACUGCAACUACUGGGUGCAAGUUCAUGUUCCAGUCAUUUGUUUCU